CCAAAAACCUUUCAAUUCCUUCAUCAACUUUUUUUUUUAAAAAAAAACCCCAAUUUUUUCCCAUCUUCUCCAAAUUUAAUUUGAUCCCAAGAACAAACUCAAAAAAAAAAAAAGAAAAAGAAAAUGGGUUUCAUCAAGAAGUCGUCGUCAUCAUCAUCGACAACGGCAAGAAACAACGUGGUGCCGAAGGGGCACUGCGCGGUGUACGUGGGGGAGAGCCAGCAGAAGAAGCAGAGAUACGUGAUCCCGAUCACGUAUCUGAGCCAGCCCCUCUUCCAGGACUUGCUCACUAAAGCCGAGGAGGAGUUCGGGUUCAGCCACCCCAUGGGCGGCCUCACCAUCCCCUGCUGCGAGCACGUCUUCGUCGACAUCGCUGCCCGUUUGAGCCGCAUCUGCUAAUCAUACGUUCAAUUAAUUACUUAAUCAAUU